CUGGGCUCAUGCUGCGCUCCUUCAGCCCGUCUGCAUCUGUUAACUCACUCUUAUCCGACAGCGAGGCUUCCAUCAUGAUGCAGACGGCUAAACGGCUUCCCUGGGUUUCGCUGACGUCCCCAUCGCUUCACUGAAGAUGGACACACUGGAGUCAGAGUUGACUUGCCCAAUCUGUCUGGAGCUUUUCGAGGAUCCUCUGCUGCUGCCUUGCGCCCACAGCCUGUGCUUCAACUGCGCCCACCGCAUUCUGGUGUCCCACUGUCCCUCGUUCGACGAGUCCAGCAAACCGUUCUCUGCGUUCCAGUGUCCCACCUGUCGCUAUGUCAUCACUCUCGACCAGCAGGGUCUAGACGGCCUCAAGCGCAACGUCACUUUGCAGAACAUCAUCGACCGCUUCCAGAAGGCGUCUCUGAGUGGCCCGAACUCGCCGAGUGAGACGCGCCGCUCCAGCCGUGAUCCGUUCCCCUCGGUGGCGGUGGAUGACGGCAGGGUCAUGAGUUCGCCGUGCGAAGCCGUCCAGUGCCAGUUCUGCGAGCAGGACCCGCCGCAGGAGGCGGUGAAGACCUGCGUCACCUGCGAAGUUUCGUACUGCCAGGAAUGCCUGCGUGCGACUCACCCUAACAAGAAGCCCUUUACGGGACACCGGCUCACCGAACCCGUGCCGGACUCGCGGCUCAGAGGACUGGCCUGUCCCGAGCACGGAGAGGAGAAGGUCAACAUGUACUGCGUGACGGACGAGCAGCUGAUUUGCUCGCUGUGCAAACUGGUCGGGCAUCACCGCGAACACCAGGUGGCGGCGCUGGGAGAGCGAUUCGACAAGCUGAAGCAAAUGUUGGAUUUCAACCUCAGCAAUCUGAUCAAGAGGAACAGUGAGCUGGAGACCCUGAUGGCCAAGCUGAUCCAGACGUGUCAGCAUGUGGAGCACAAUGCAGCUCACCAGGAGGGCAAACUGGCAGAAGAGUGCGACACGCUGAUAAACAUCGUACAGCAGAGAAGACAAAUCAUCGGCACCAAGAUCAAAGAAGGAAAGGUGGUCCGCUUGAGAAAGCUCGCUCAGCAGAUCGCUAACUGCAAGCAGUUCGUGGAGAGAUCGUCCUCGCUCAUCGCUCAGGCCGACCAGGUUCUGAAAGAGACGGAUCACGCUCGAUUCCUGCAGACGGCGAAGAGCGUCUCAGAGCGAGUGUCGAUGGCGACGGCGUCCUCACAGGUCCUGAUCCCAGAGAUCAACCUGAACGACGCGUUUGACGCCUUCACGCUGGACUUCUCCAGAGAGAAGAAGAUGCUGGAGGGUCUGGAUUACCUGAUGGGUCAGCAUGCAUUAAAGCUUAAACAGAACUAUUUCAGUCAUGACUUUCUUUAUACCAUCUCCACCGGCCAGACUAACGUCGUCAGUCUGUGUAACUCGAUGGACAGCUGGAUGAUCGUGCCCAACAUCAAGCAGAAUCACUACACGGUUCACGGCCUGCAGAGCGGAACCAAGUACAUCUUCCUGGUGAAGGCCAUGAACCAGGCUGGGAGCCGCAGCAGCCCGCCGGACAAACUCAAGACCAACAGUCAGCCGUUUAAGCUCGACCCAAAGGCGGCCCACAGGAAGCUGAAGGUGUCACAUGACAAUCUGACGGUGGAGCGGGACGAAGCCUCGUCCAUGAAGAGCCACGCUCAGGACCGCUUCGGCAGCACGGGGAACUACGGCGUGACGGGGAACGUGUUCAUCGACAGCGGCAGGCACUACUGGGAGGUUCUGAUCGGAGGAAGCACGUGGUUUGCUAUCGGGAUCGCCUACAAAUCGGCUCCCAAGCACGGCUGGGUGGGUAAGGACUCGGCAUCAUGGGUACUGAGCCGCUGCAACACCUCGUGGGCCGUGCGUCACAACAGUAAGGAGUUUCCCAUCGAGCCGUCUCCUCACAUGCGGCGUCUGGGAGUCCUGCUCGACUACGACUCCGGCUCUCUGGCGUUUUACGACGCCGCGGGAACGCAGCACCUGUACACCUUCGACAUCGCCUUCUCGCAGCCCAUCUGUCCCGUCUUCAGCGUGUGGAACAAGUGCUUGACCGUCCUCACGGGGCUCCCCAUCCCGGACCACUUAGAGAUCAGCGACCCGCGCGACUGAACGCACCUCCAGCGUGCAGUUCAGCCCAGAAUGAAAAUGAACUGAAAAUGCACUCACCCUCAGGCCAUCCGAGAUUAGGAUGAGUUUGUGUCUUCAU